GCAGGACUGUAUAUUUGUUUGGACGAUUAUUUUUCGACCAAGUGCUGCGCAGCUAUGACAUUUAUGCAAAUGUGACACCAGUCACUGAAGCAUGAAUCGUAACGGAACAUCAAGACACACCAUUUUGUUAUGACAAAAACAGGCCGUUGUUGUGCAGGAGGAUUUCAUGUAUCCAAGAUCUUUAAUACGCAAUAUGGCCAGAAUCCACUGCAUUUUUUUCAUCUGCUGCAUGGCCGUGUUCCCUACCAGGGCGAAGGUGUCCUUGGAGGUGGACAGGCCUUGGCUGAGAGUCCAGCUCGCCCACAGGGCCGUGCUGGAGUGCUGCUACCACACCGACGCGGCUUCUGUCCAAACCGCUUGGCUCAUGCACGGCCAGCCCACCGACGGCACCGCUGUCCCGGUUCCGGUCCCCGUGUCAGACCGGGUGAGCUCAGGCUACACGACAAACGCCGGGGUCACCUGCGGGACCCUGACUUUUGCGGAGGUGAAGUUGGCCGAUUCGGGUCUGUACCGAUGCUGGUUCAACAUCACUGGCAUUUUCACGCCUGGCACCUACCUGCAAAUCUACGAGCCGCUGAAGAAGACGAUAAACCUCAGCGAAAAGACCAAAGACAGCCUCUUGAUGGCCGAGGGAAUGUUACUUUUUCUGUGUGUCCUGGUGCCUUCGGCCAUGCUCCUGCGCAAGUCAAAGCAACUCCAAGCACUUCAGCAGAGGAAGGCAAAGAGGGAAGAGGAGAACAUCUAUCAGGGCCUCAAUCUGGAUGACUGUGACAAGCCAGCGGGCCUCUACCACGAUCUGGUUGCCAUUGUGCAGGAAGAAAUCCACCUGGAGAACCCAUAAAUGGAACAGAAGUGUCAAAAUUAGUGGGGCAGAAAGAGGAGUCUUUGUUUAUCAAACUGCAUGUGAUGUCUGCAUAUCCGAUAGAUUCGUGACUGCAUGCAUAGCUUAUUGUAUCCAGCAAUAUAGUGUUUAAUCUGCUUCUCUGGUUUGUGACUCUAUAUUUAUUUUUAACCUUGAAAAGACAACCCAAAUUCAAAGUACAUGGAAUUAAAACUCCAAACAGAUUUUAUAGUCCUCUGUGGGCCAUACUAAAUUUAUGUAAACUAUAAUGUAACAAUUGAACAACUAAUACGACUUUUAUGAGCAUUUGUGUGUUUUUAUGACAGUUCCUC